UGCCAUGGAAUUUAAUUUGCGUUGUGGUAUUAACAAUAUUGAAAUGAACAUUGAAGAUGAAGAAUACGAGUAUGAGGAGAGCACAGUUCUAGUGGAGCUACAGGGGCUGAUGGAGACCAACUUCCUGGAGCAGGUCAAAGUUGCAAGGAUGCUGGGUAUAGAAGCGAGUAAGCCGUUACUUCAGCUUGACGACUACACCUUCACCGGGGAGUUUUCUGACACUGUUGGAACUGCCAUGAUGUUUGAUGUUAAACCCUCUGAUAAUCCAGGUUCCAGCAGUGAAGUUCCUGGAGAUAAGCAGGAGAGCGAGCUGGAUCUUCAUUGUAUAGCCAAUAAGAAGUGGACAGUUAGACGAGUGUUCUUGAAAAACAAUCAGGAUAAAAAGACAGACUCAGAAGGAGUUGGAGCUGUCACUGAAACUAUACAAGUUGAAAAUGAUGUUUCAAAUAAUAUUUCUCCCGAGGAAAUCAAUGAAAGUUCAGAACAUUUCAAAUCACAAUCCACUGAUGAAAAAAGCGACCAGUCUGAAAGUGCCAAAUCACAAGCUAUAGAUCAAUCUACUUCCAACCAGACUGCAGCAUCGACAGAAGAUACAUCCAAACCAUCUAGUAGUACUGACAAAGUGGGCACCUGACUAGCACCGUCAAGUAAAGUCUGUUGAAUGUACAUGUAAGGUAACAUACAAUGUCAUGUAGUGUACCGGAUUCACUCAUUUUUCAAUGUUUGUGUAUAAGGUUUGUGAUUUGCAGCGAAACUAAAUUUAUAUGUAUAUAUAUAUAGUGUUAAGGUGUAUUUGUAUUAGGUAGAAAUUCACAGGAUCAAUAACUUAACCUUUUUUUUUUAUUUUUUUUUUGUAUCCCAACUUUACAAAUUAAAGUGAGGGCUAUAAAGGAAUCACAUGGGUUGUUACCUCUGACUGUCGAACUGUCCGUUUCUCAUUCAUGGUCUGAAUUUAUAUAACAGAAUUGACUACUAUAGUAUGAGGGUAUGUCACGCGCAAGACCAAUGAUUCUACCUUCAAGGUCAAGGUCACAGCGACCUUCUGAACUAAGUAUGUUUUGCUUUAUAAACAUCACUCACUGAAAAUAGUUUGUGUCUGGUCCAUAUCUUGCUAAUUCAUGGUCAUAUCUUAUAAUUAUUUGGCAGAAGCGACCGCAUUAGUAUAAGGAUGUGUUGCCCUUUAAGACCGUUGUCCUUACUUUCGAGGUCAAGGUCACAGCAGCUUUCUGAACUUAUAUAAGCUUAGUUUACAACUAGCUUUGUUCAAGGUCAAGGUCAAACUUAAAGAAUAAGUCAUAUGACUACAUUUUGUGUCUGCUCCAUAUCUCUUGACCUGCUUGAAGGAAUAUUGCAGAGAGCAUGUCACUGCCACCUCGAUUUCAAGUCAAGGCACACUUAAAAAGGUCAUAUGGCUAUACUAUUGCUAUAUUUCUAGUCUUCUCCAUAUUUCUUGAAAUUUGAGAUCAAUGUCAAAUGUGGAACUGAAUGAGACAAUCAUAGGAGGAGAAAUCUGUUUUUGAUUACAAAAAUAAAAUAAAAAGCAAU